UCUAGGAAAGAGGCCGCAGCUAUUGACCCCGAGCUGUUAUUUGCCUAUUGAAAUACAGGGAACUGGGGGCUGGGCGUGGGGAGCCGCAGCUUGCUGCCUUUCCCCCCUCUCCAUCCAUCCCUGGGAGAAUUUUGCCCAUGCCAGCAGUGACUUCUGGGUAGCAUGGGCUCUUUUUUCUGUCAGAAAACCCAACUAGAUGUUGGGCAGAUCGCAAGGGAAACACUGUCUGCCUCAUUAUGGAGCUGCAAUCUGUUCCUUCUCCACCCCUCCCCCCGCCUAUAUUCUUCUCCGGGGAAUUACCGUUCCUUUUCAAUCUGAUGGUUUAAUCUCUCACAGCUCUGUCUGUGCCCCCUCAUUUCCCUUUCCAGAGCCGCUGCUCUUGCUUUUCCCUCUCCUUGCAGCUGGCAUGAGGCACUUCCAUGGCACUGUGCUCAGAGAUGUAUUUGCCCACCUCAGGCCCACUGCUGCUGGAGGAGAGGAGAGGCCUUACCAACACAUGGGAGAUGCAAAUGCUGCCACAAGGCUGCACACCUCCUUCCCUUCCGUGGUGCUCUGUGAAGCUGGAGCCCAUGGCUUGGACAGAUGCAUCAGUAUGGAAUUCAUACAGAGGCCCGGAGUUUUGCAACACUCUCCCGCAUGCAGGACCCCUCUGGGAAACCACCCGCACUGCAGGGAGGAUCCUGCCGGCACCACUGGCAAUGCCAGGGCAGCCAUCUGCUGGAGGCAAGAACCCUCCUCUGCCACCCCUCCCAGGCACAAAGCAGGACCUCUGUGUGCGCAGCCUGGGAGACUCCUUCCAGACCUGGGGUUAAAACUCUGCCUGAGCUGCUUCCUGCUGUUCUCCUGUCCCUUCUGGUAACCACCACCCUUAACAAAUUCUCUCCCACCCCUUGCUCCCUGUUACCUGGGAUGGACCGUCAGAAACUAAAGAUGUGCAUUCCUGUGUUGUUUUGUGGGGGAUGAGGUAGUGUUUCUGAUCGGAGAAACCCUUCUCAUGCUCCUCCCCUCCAUCAGAGGCACAGGGAAUGGUGAGCAAUUAAUCUGAAACUCUGAGCAGUAAAACGCAAAUCUCCAUAGCUUGAGAAAUUCUGGAUGAAAGCCAGAAAACUUUAACAAGGAAACAUGUUCCCUCCAGCGUAAUUGUGUGUUUGGCUUCUAUUUUAAUAAAUGAGCAACAGCUGAACAGAGGCCAAAAGGAGAGUCCCCCCAUCCUGAGGUAUGUUCGAUGCAGAGUCUGGGCUAUGCAUGCUUCAGGUACUGCAGUGGGACACUUAGCACAAAAUACUGAGGAUUAACCGUCAGUUAGACAGCUACAUCAAAGGUGAAUAGCAAUCAUGAGUGAGUGGAUAAUGCCAGUGUGAAGGGUUUUCUUCUUUUUAUGUUUAAAUUUUCUUUUGAAUUCCCUCAAGACAGGAAGAGAAAAAAGAAAGCCAGGCGCUGUGAUAGAGCCUUAGGGGGGCUGGAGGCCUGGGGUGAUAAAUCAGCAGCGUUUCAGUGAGAUUAAGGGGGAACCUAGCAUAAUAUAUGAGGCAAUAUGGAAAGAGGCAUUUUAUUGCAGUCAGUCCUGGAAGGAUUCCGUUCCAGAUGGUUGAAGUGGGGUUAGGUCAGUAACCUCCGUCAGAUGGGGCUUGCCGUCCAACAACGUGCAGCAUAGCAGGAGCAGGGGAAGGUUUCCUCUGCACUAACAAAACAUCUUGUCUGGGGAGAGCUGUCUCCAUGGGUGGAUAAAACAGCUUGCAUUAGUAGGGAAUGUCCUCUUUGUACAGAUGGCAAUGAGUGGGGCCACUUUGGCAUUUCCUAAGAUGUGUCCUGUUCUUGCAGAACAUUUCUACGAAGAUUUUGUGGUUGGUUUGUCAUCCAAAAGCAGAUGCAGUGGAUGAUGGGGCUGUUGUCCUAGCACUGAUGGGGAUGUUGGCCUUGAUCAACUGGCCCCCUGUAGCAGCUCCACACACCAAAAUCCUGGGCUGGGCAGCAGCCAUAGAAUAGGAUCAUAGACUCAUUAAGAUUAGAGGAGACCACAAAGAUCAUCUAGUCCAACCAUCAACCCAUCACCACCAUGCCCACCAAACCAUGUCCCUCAGUGCCAGUCAGCACCUCUAACCCUGAUGGGGACCUGUUUCCCCAGGGAACAGCCUGCAGCUUGUUUCUGGCAAAUCACUGAGCGGUAGUAGGAAGCAAGAGCUUUUAUAGCUCCCAGCUAGGGCAAGAGGUAAAACAAAGACUUGGUUAAUGGAGGAAUUUCUCCUUCAAGAGCUAGGGCUAGCUCCAUGUCAAAGGCAGAACAGAACUCAGACCACAGCACUGAUGAAGCACAACAAAUCAUCAGGAAGAGCAGGAAUAUUGCUUUAUUUCAGGAUUUUAUUAUUAUUAUUUUGAACGAUUAAAAGGAAUUCUCAUUUUGGGAAGAAUUGGCCGUACUUUGCUACGGCAUUAGACUUUUCUGUUGGAUCUCUUCUACUAGAUAGAAAAGUUCAGAUUUAUUUUUGUUUGUGUUCUGUCUUAUGCAGCUAAGAAAACAAUUUCAAAUAGGACAAAUUGUCUUGUUCCAGGGAGGAGGUCUGAUCUGGAGAGUGAAAACAGCUUGCUACUUGGAGUGCAGUCUGCAAAAGAACAAAGCUCUAAGGACCGUUCCCUAUGCUGUGCCCCACAAGAGAGGUUAUUGAGCCAAGACGCUGGCCUCACAAAGCAUCCUGCUAUGCUAGACAGUUUCCAUGUGAAAUACUUUUUUUUUUCCUGUGCCUCAGAGCCUGGUUUUCUGGGUGCUGGUCCUUUGGGAAAGAUGGGAAGUGAGACAAGUGCCUGGGGUGUUUGCUUCUCCUAUUUGCAACGGGGAUUGUGUUCGUUCUUUUCACAGGGAUGCUGGUACAUCCUUCUGAUAGUCUUUAAUAGCUGCUGCUGUGGCAUAAGAGUAGAGCCUGUUUUAAUCAGGUGCAUGUCAGUCCUGUAUUUAUGUUUUGCAUAUGUCACAGGUGACAUGAAAGGAAGAAAUCCUCAUGAGCCAACGUUCCUGCGUGACUUUCAUGGAAAAUGAGUUCUGGCUGCACAGAAGCGUGUUUCUCGUGGCAGCUGAAUGAAAAGUUACACUCAGAUGCUCAGAAAAGUGGGAUGACAUCAUGUAAUCUGUACAUCUUGUGAAGAUAAAUCAAUGCUGCUAUUUAUUAAAAUAUAUGCACUUGCAAUGACUUCUUUGGCAGACUGACUGUAAUAAAUAAUUUUAAACUAAGUGCAGGUCAAAAAUUCUGGUAGGAAGGAGCUCCAAAACAACACAAACGUUGCUGCUUGAAAACCAGGCUCAGUUGGUCCAAUUUCUAGCAAAAGAGUGGAAGUGUGGAUUCAGCAUUUUUAGGUUCUCAAUUAAAAGAUGAUCAUCGCAUCAGCAGUGUGUCAGACUCAUCGGUCUGUUUUCCAGAAAAUGUCACUCUUGUCGAAAGGAUGGCAGGGAGCCCCUAAAUAAUAUGACAGAGGUGGUGUGACCCAGGCCAAGAACCAUUUUCCUGUUGAAGCUUAACAAAAUAUUUUUAAGAAAGAAGCGUGAGGACAUUGCAGUCUUCUUGGAGAUAACUCUCAAGACUAAAUUUGUGAAACUCUGUAUGAAGAGGAGGCAUUGGAAAUGAUCCUUAUGUGUACACCUAUAGCAAUCCCCCUGGAUUUAUUACUACAGCUCAGGCUGCAAGAAUGACUUGAUUUAUUAACUGCUGUCCCUUUGGAUUUCUAAUCCAGGGUGGUAGAACAGCUGUAGAAAGCUGAAAAGAAAUGGAGGCGCACAUCUUGUCUUUUCAGCCAGUUUCUUGUGUUCAUUAUGGUCUAUAAACAAGCAUCUCUCAGGUCUCCUAAAUAGAUUUUCUGAUCGUGUUCCCAGAACAGACCACCACCAGCCUCAUUAAAGCUUAUUUGUGCUACUUUCAUGCAUGAAUAAAAAAAACUCCCGCUCACUGCUGAUUUUAUUUAGUUAGAUCCUGUGCCUUGUGGCAGACACUGAAUUGGAGUGACAUUUGUUGGCUCAAAAAAACCAGUGGGACCGCGGCGAACAGUUUGACACCUCCAUCGUUCGUGAUGUGAAAAGGAAGGGGUUAACCUGUUCUUGGCUGUAUUGUAUUGAUUGAGGCCCACGCAAAGAAAAUACAGCUGUAAACAGUUAGGAGUAUUCCCUGGUAGGGGCGUUUUUUUGAGCCCGUGAGGAGCUGCUGCCUUUUGCUGCCCCGGAAUCCCAGCAAGGAAUGGGAAUCUGACGGAUUGCAAAAGAUCCUGCUUGGUUUAACCCCCAGCCAACCAGAGGUGAACCUUGAAGACGGCUGAGACGCUCCGUAUCUCCUAAAUGCAUGCCCUUCCCCUGGGGUUAGAAGAGCAGCCAUGGGGAAAGACAAGAAAAAAGAGGAGGCUGUCUUUCUGAGGAAAAAGAUAACUUUGCUGAGGGCUUUCUCGCUUCUCAUCGGCAGCAUGGUUGGCAGCGGCAUCUUCAUCUCCCCCAAAGGAGUGCUGAAAAACUCCGGCACUGUGGGGUUCUCCCUGGUGGUGUGGUUUGCCUGUGGGCUCCUCUCCAUGUUUGGUGCCUUGUGUUACGCAGAGCUUGGAACAAGGAUCACCAAGUCUGGAGGACAUUACAUCUAUAUUUUGGAGACCCUGGGGCCUCUGCCAAGUUUCUUGUUUCUUUGGGCAGAGUUUUUUGCUAUCAGGCCCGCCAACAGUGCUGUGGUCUCUCUGGCAUUCGGCCGCUACCUGCUGGAGCCGUUUUUUGCCCCCUGUGCAGCCCCCGUCCCUGCCGUGAAGCUCGUCUCUCUCAUGGGCUACUAUGCAGUCCUCACCCUCAAUUCCUGGAGUGUCACCUGGAGCGCACGGCUGCAGACAGCCCUCUCUGUCGUCAAGCUGCUGGCCCUCGCGCUCAUCAUCGUGCCGGGGAUGAUGCUGCUGGCCCAGGGCCACACCAAAAACUUCCAGGAUGCUUUUGACAGGCAGUCGCUGGUUCCAGACAAGCUGCCCUUGGCUUUUUAUGCAGGCAUGUUCGCGUAUUCAGGCUGGUUCCAGACCAGCUUUGUGCGUGAGGAGGUGGUCAGACCCGAACGAAACAUCCCCCUGGCAGUCAUUGUGUCUGUGAUCACUGUCAUUGUGGGGUAUAUGCUCACCAACAUCUCCUAUUACACUGCCCUGGGAACACAAGAUGUUCUGGCUUCUCCAGCUGUCGCUGUGAGUUUUGUGCAGCAAGCGUGCACAAACCUUAUCUCAGUGGUCCCUGUCCUUGUUGCGCUGUCCUGCUUUGGCACCAUGAAUGGAGGAAUCCUCACAUUUUCAAGGACACUGUUUGUGGCCUCCAGAGAAGGGCAGUGGCCUCCUCUCUUCUCCAUGAUCCACAUUCGAAGACAUACACCCCUUCCUGCUGUCAUGCUAAUGUUCCCUUUGGUUACUGCCAUGGUGUGUAUUGGAGAUAUCUACCAUCUACUGAACUUCUUCAGCUUUUCCCGAUGGCUCUUCAUAGGAUUAGCCACCCUUGGGCUCAUUGUCCAUCGCUACCGUCACCCGGAACUGCAAAGCCCAUUCAAGGUCCCCCUGUUUGUUCCAGUCUCAUUUACCAUCAUCUGCCUCUUCACAGUGGCAAUGUCUAUCUACUCAGACCCUGUAAACAUUAGCAUUGGAUGCACCAUGGUUUUAAGUGGCUUUCCAGUCUACUACCUCGUAAUCCAUAGGAAAAUGUCAAACCGCUGCCACAGACUGCUCUAUUAUCUUACACACAAACUGCAGCUACUGCUGGAAGUAGUCCAACAAGAAAUCAAGACAUACUGAGGAAACAAUCAGAACUUACAGGAGAAGAUACAGUCUACUUGCUACACGUCUGAUGCCUUUGAUCCUUCCAAACACAAGCCAUGCUCUUAUUCUUUUAAUCACUGCAAAUGAGGAUGAGCCCGAGCCAAAACCUUGCUGCAAGCAGCCCUAAGCUUGCCAACUGGGGUCUGGAUGAGCGUGUCACAGCUGCUUCUACCCUUUUCUUUUUUAGCGGAACCAUCUACUUCUCUGAAAUAAGCUUUCUUUGCCUGCAGAGUGUCUUUGAAACAAAGAUCCAGAUUUUGCAGCUCAGCCCAGUCCUCAGCAAAUUACAUAUUAUUUUUUUAAUUUCCUAACUUGGCAAAUAGAGGAAGGUAGCCUGCAGCAGGACUAGAAUCUGGCUACAUGGAAGUCAAAAACAGGAUUCAAAUUGAAGUCAAGGUCAGUCUGGAUGGGGCUCUGAGCAACCUGAUCGCAUGUAGGUGUCCCUGUUCACUGCAGAGGAGUUUGGCUAGACGGCCUUUAAGGGUCCCCUCCAACACAAACCACUCCAUGGUUCAGUGAUUCUAAGAAAUAUGUAGCAGCCAUGUGAAAUGAUGCUGUGGAGAAACUACAGAGGGAAAUGGACAGGGAUUGUAAACCGAGGAUGAAGUACAUGGAGAGGAAAGCAGGAGAUGGCGGGGAUAAAACUUCAUUCACCAGGAAGCAAAGAUUUGGGUUAGUGAGAAGAUAUUUGAAAAUCGUUUGAAAUUCAAAUCACAAACAAAGAAAACACAGAAUGUUUUGUUUUUCUUAUUGUAUAAGCAAAAUAACUGUAUUUUGCUUUGAAAUAAUGCUUCAAUUUUGAAUUUUAUUUCUUUGAAAUGAUGUUUCAAAAUGUACUGACACAGUAAAAUAUAUAUAUAUGUUAAAAAAAAUAGCUAAAUACCCUGAAGAAGAGGUCAGAAUAGGUUCCGAUUCUAUCCCCGGGUCCCCACCGCACCUGGUACCACCAGUGAAGCUGGAAAUUCAGAUUUUGUCCCAGCAGCAGUGAAAUACGAUUCUCCUUUUGUUAGAUAAGAGCAGUAAUGAGUCGUGGGCAGAUUCCUUAUGAAGUGUACCUUUUGGUGCUGUAGGAAGACAUGAAAGACUUCAGGUCUGAGCUCUAACUUUAAAUCUACAGUCAAAAGACUUGCUGAAUCAAUACAGAAAUGCUCAUUUGAACUGCUGACAUCAGAAAGGUUUCUGUUGCUGGAUUACUUCGGUUUGCAUUAUUAAUGUUGCAAAGUUAAAAAGAUAAAAGAGCAAUUAGCUAUUUCCAAUCACUUAAGUGUUAAUCUUUACCUAAAAGAUCAGAAGCAGCAUACUGAGCCUCGUCUGAUGGCACUGGAGAGAGGAAGGGCAGCAUCUGAAGCAUUUGUAAUCCUGUAUAUCAAGCAUUUGUGUACUUAGAGUAAAGCCAAAGUAGCAUUUAUAAACAGUAUAGUCUACUGAAACAUGUAAAAUGCACAGACAAGGACUGGAAAUAAAUAAAGGCUUUGUUUUUUUCUUCUC